AUGUUUCAAACAAAUUCUCAAGAGGAUCAUACUUCCGAUUCUUCUGUUUCUAAUAUCAAUCCCUCUCCUCUUCAAUUAAAUGCUAAUUCUAAUUUUUCAUCAAGUUCCGAUCCCGACUAUUUACGAUUAAUUCUUACCUCAAGAGUUUAUGAAAUUGUUAAAGAAACUCCUUUACAAUAUGCCACAAAUCUUUCAGCAAAAACUAAUAAUAAAAUUAUGUUAAAAAGAGAGGAUCUGCAAGAAGUCUUUUCUUUCAAAAUUAGAGGUGCUUAUAAUAAGAUUUCUCAUUUAUCUGAAGAGGAAAGAAGUAGAGGAGUUAUCGCAUGUUCUGCUGGAAAUCAUGCUCAAGGGGUUGCAAUGUCUGCUAAACAUCUCGGUCUUUCAGCAACUAUUGUGAUGCCACUUGCAACACCAGAGAUUAAAUGGCAAAAUGUUAAGCGUUUUGGUGCCAAAGUAGUUCUUCACGGUUCAGAUUUUGACGAAGCAAAAGGAGAAUGUACGCGUAUAGCAGAAUUAGAAAAACUCACCAAUAUUCCUCCUUAUGAUGAUCCUUAUGUUAUUGCUGGUCAAGGAACCAUUGGGAUGGAAAUCCUUCGUCAACAUAAUAUCGACGAAAUAGAUGCCAUUUUCGCAUGUGUUGGUGGAGGUGGUCUUAUCGCUGGUAUUGGAAGUUAUGUGAAAAGGAUAUGUCCCAAGAUUAAGAUUAUUGGAGUGGAAACAAAUGAUGCUAAUGCUAUGACAUUAUCAUUAGAAGAGAAGAAACGUGUUGUUCUUAAUGAAGUCGGAUUAUUUGCAGACGGUGCAGCAGUUAGAGUUACUGGCGAAGAAACUUUUAGAAUUUGUAGUGAAGUUGUGGAUGAAAUGAUUAACGUAAAUAAUGAUGAGAUAUAUACCCGAUCAAUCGUAGAACCAGCCGGAGCACUUUCUGUUGCAGGCAUUAAAAAAUAUAUAGCAGAAAAUAAUAUUACAGGAGGAUGUUUCGUGGCUAUUACAUCGGGAGCGAAUAUGAAUUUUGAACGAUUGAGAUUUGUUGCAGAACGAGCAGAGUUAGGAGAACAACUGGAAGUUUUGAUUUCAGUAAUUAUACCUGAAAAGCCUGGAAGUUUUUAUAAACUUUAUAAUCACAUACAUCCGCGUCCAAUAACCGAGUUUUCAUAUAGAUAUUCGGAUUCAGAGAAAGCAUGGAUUUAUAUGUCAUUUAAGGUUGAAAAUCGUGAAAAAGAAGUUCCGCAAAUUAUAAAGAAUUUAGAAGCUGAUGGAAUGAAUGGACAAGAUAUUAGUGAUAAUGAAAUGGCAAAAAGUCAUGCUAGAUAUUUAGUUGGAGGUAGAAGCAAGGUUGAAAAUGAACGACUUUAUCGAUUCGCAUUCCCUGAACGACCCGGGGCACUUCAAAGAUUUCUCUUGGGAUUACAAUCCAAUUGGAAUGUUACAUUAUUUCAUUAUCGCAAUCAUGGUGCAGAUAUGGGGAAAGUUUUGGUUGGAAUUCAAGUACCUCCUCAAGAUUCGGAAGACUUUGAGAACUUCUUAAAUAAUUUGGGAUAUUCUAAUGUGGAUGAAACAGAAAAUCCAGUAUAUAAACAAUUCUUGAAAUAA